AUCGAAGCUUCUCUGUUCAGCUGUGAACGUUUCUUUCUUGACGUGGUAUUCUCUUUUGACUUUGAUCGGAGACCGAUAUCUUUUUCUGUGAAAUUGCAGAGUUUCUUCAUGCCAGUUUACAUCUCUGACUAUAACUCGUUUCUGGGUCCUCGAUCGUCUCAUAAUUCCGCUCGAUUUUCCCUUUGCCAUUGCGAUUAAGCUCCGUGGGUACAAUGAGAGCACCAUCAUUACUUGCGCAAUGCUUGCCUGGUUUGGUGCCCCAAGAUAAAGGAAGCCAGAGCACUCCCUCCAUUUCAGAGAGAGAUGUCCAUCUCCCCUCACCAGCUGUGGAGAUUCUCCCUUCAAAGACAGCUCAUCCCUACAAAUAUGCAGGGGAGAACGUCGAUUUGCAAGGUCUCAAUGUCUUUAAGGGUAGAGUUAGUGUUGCCGAUAUAAUUGGCUUCAAUGGAUCAGAGUCUAUAUCUUCAAAGCCUGAAGGGUAUCUGAAAUCUUGGGACAGUUCCAUUGAUCUUGUUAAUGUCCUUAAGCAUGAGAUUCGCGACGGACAACUGAGCUUUAGGGGCAAAAGAGUACUUGAGCUGGGUUGUAGCUAUGGACUUCCUGGAGUUUUUGCUUGCCUCAAGGGAGCAAGCAUAGUGCACUUUCAAGACCUGAGUGCAGAAAGUGUUAGAUGCACAACCAUACCGAACGUCCUUGCGAAUCUCGAACAAGCUCGGGACAGGCAGAGUAGACAGGCGGAGAGUCCCUUAACUCCGUCCAGACACAGUUUGAGCCCAUCGGUACAUUUUUACGCGGGCGAUUGGGAAGAGCUCCCAACAGUGUUAUCCGUUGUUAGGGGUGAUGGAUUUGAAGGACCUACUGGAAUGAGCUUGAGCUUCUCUGAAGAAGAUUUUAUGGAUGGUUGCAGCAGUCAAGAUGGUAGCAUCAUUGGGCACGAGUCUUCCUCAAGGAGAUCGAGGAAACUAUCGGGAAGUCGAGCAUGGGAGAGGGCGAGUGAGAGCGAUCAGGGAGAAGGUGGAUACGAUGUGAUUUUAAUGGCGGAAAUCCCAUAUUCACUAAACUCUUUGAAGAAACUAUACAGUCUUAUAAAGAAGUGUGUGAGGCCACCAUAUGGAGUUUUAUACUUGGCGACCAAGAAGAAUUACGUCGGUUUCAAUAGCGGAGCGAGGCAUUUGAGGAGUUUGGUCGACGAGGAAGGUGUUUUUGGAGCUCACUUGGUGAAGGAGAUGACUGACAGAGACAUUUGGAAGUUCUUUCUCAAGUGAUACAAUAGCUUUGCUUCUUUCAUUGUAAAAUCUGUAUUUUUCUUUACUUUCUUCUCAAUUUUGCCUGGAUUUCUCUUGCUUUUACUGUAAAGGAUGCACUCUCUCACUUAAUCUAAGCUAAGGUUAAAUGUGCUUAUCGUUCUA